AUGGAACAGGGCACCAGGUCAAUCAGUCCUCAUAGUCAACAACAGCCAUCCGGGCGAAAGGGAGGGAGUUCAAGAACCCGGUGGGGUCGUGUGUUGAACUAUUUCAGUGGCCGUAAAGUGAUGGAGAUCCCUCAACGAGUUGAGGAGACAUCUCCUGCCAAGGAAAAAGUUGGGACCCCUCUCGUUCCAGGAAGUAAGUGGCUUACAUCCUUGCAGGAAGACCCUUUGAAUACAUCGUUCCAGGGGGCGAAAAGAAGGAAAAUGCUGAUUCAAGAGGCAAUUAGUAUGGGGGAACAAAGUGUUCCGCGGAGCGCCGCGGCCAGAACUCAAGUGCCGCCAAAUCAACCACAACACAAUUCACAACAACUGUCUGAUCUUGGAGUUAGGUCAGGGUUAGCCAUGGAACCUAAGAUGGGUCUGUAUCUGCAUUUCCGAGGUGUUGUUGACCAAACACAUCAAGACAUGACGAAUGAUUUGGAGAUUAGAAGGAGGAAGAGUAUAGCUGCUGCUAGUACUUCUGCUAGUAACUCUGUCAGUAAUUCUGCUGCUGCUGCUGCUGCUGCCAGUACUUCUGCUGCUGGAUCUUCAACAGAGUCUCCAGACGGAAUGUCCACUAGAAUGGCCAGUCCAAUGGAUGGGAUGGAAGAAGAAAUCCUUAAAGGAGGCCAACGUAAAGACAGUAGUGUUAGUGUCACGUCAACCUCCACCGAACCAAUGAUGGAGGAUUCACCCAUCAUCAUUGAACAUGAGUUUGCUCCCUUGUACCGAGACGCAUCGGGCCGUUUGGUCAGACCUCCCUUCAUCAAUCUUGAUCCAAGAGAACGAUACCAUCUUCUUCAACUCAAGAAAUCGGUUGAGGCAUCACAACAACUUCAACGGAGAUUGAAAUACAUGGUGGAUCCAGGUGAGACUCGGUCGUGGCCCGCGCUUCAUGGCGGGAACAAGUGUGACGUGAGCACUCAGACACUGCUGGUGGAAGGAUUGGACCGGACGUUGAGUUGGAGAAAGAGACGUUGGAGAGAAGAAGAGACGAUGAAGAUGAAGAAUAAGACAAAGAAGAGGAACGUUGGAGGGUACUUCAACGGAGAGUUGGAGUAUGAGAUGGAGAACAAGAAAGAUGAGAAGGAGAAGGAGAAGGAGGGUGAGGGUGAGAGUUGGCUGAAGGGAUACCUUGGAGAGAUUGUGACUCCGACAUUGAAGGAGAGGGGGGAGAAGGAAGGGAAGAGACUUCUUGGUGGGAGAGGAGUUGGAGAGAAGAUUAAGAUAGAUGAGGAGUAUUUGAAGAGAUCAGAACCAACAGGGCCAUCAGGUCCGUCAGGUCCAUCAGGACCGUCAGGACCAUCAGGACCGUCAGGGCCUGUUGGUUCGUCCUCAGCACCUGAACUGAUAGUUUCUACUUCAACUACUACUUCUACUACUCCUGCUACUACUUCCUCCUCCCUCUUUGGAGCCAAGACAUCCACACCAACCAUUUCCCUUGGGAAAGAAGAAAAGACUUCUAGUGCUCCUCCUAGUUUCUCAUUUGGGAAGAAGGAAGAUAACGCCAAACCCGCCAUCUCCUUUGGAAAGAAAGAAGAUGGAGUCAAAACUUCUCUUGACAGUAAGCCAACUUUUUCCUUUGGUAAGACUGACUCAGUAGCUUCUACCAGUUCUACAGGUGCAGCUCCAGCUACAGCUCCUACUAGUUCUACCCCCUCAUUCUCCUUUGGAAAGACUGGCUCAGAGAAGAAGGAGGAAUCAAAAGCUCCAACCUUUUCCUUUGGGAAGAAGGAGGAAUCUGCUGUUACUCCCGCUACUACUGUUCCAGCCCUUUCAUUUGGCGCUAAGAAGAAUGAGCCAAGUACUGGUACAACUACUCCAGCUCCAGCCUUCUCGUUGGGUGCUAAGAAGGAUGAGUCUUCCUCUUCCUCACUGACUCCAGCCUUUUCCUUUGGUACUAAGAAGGAUGAUAAAGCUUCAGCUUCUCCAGCUAUUGCUGCUGCUACUUCAUCAGCUCCAGCCUUCUCAUUUGGUGCUAAGAAGGAUGAGCCAAGUACUAGUACAACUACUCCAGCUCCAACCUUCUCGUUCGGUGCUAAGAAGGAUGACUCAGCUACAACUUCCCUGACUCCAACCUUUUCAUUUGGUGCCAAGAAGGAUGAAGCUGCUGUUACUCCAGCUGCUGCUACUCCAGCUGCUACAACUCCAGCCUCAGCUACUCCAGCGCCAGCCUUUACAUUUGGCGCUAAGAAGGAUGACUCAGCUACAACUUCACUGACUCCAGCCUUCUCAUUUGGUGCCAAGAAGGAUGAAACCUCAGCUUCUCCAGCAUCAUCUGCUCCAGCGCCAGCUUUCUCAUUUGGUGCUAAGAAGGAUGAUAAAGAUUCAGCUUCUCCAGCGCCAGCCUUUUCAUUUGGCACUAAGAAGGAUAAUACAGCUUCUCCAGCUCCAGCUUUCUCAUUUGGUGCUAAGAAGGAUGAGCCAAGUACUGGUACAACUACUCCAGCUCCAGCCUUCUCCUUCGGAGCUAAGAAGGAUGACUCAUCUGCUGCCGCAGCUUCUUCUCCAGCUCCAGCUUUUACAUUUGGUGCUAAGAAGGACGCUACUUCAACUACUGCUUCUCCAGCUCCAGCCUUUACAUUUGGUGCUAAGAAGGACGGUACAUCUACCCCAGGUGCUACCGCAACUUCUUCUCCAGCUCCAGCCUUUUCAUUUGGUGCUAAGAAGGAAGACUCAGCUGCUGCUACCGCAGCUCCGUCUGCAAAACGUCCAGCCCCUGCCUCAUUCUCCUUUGGAGCCGCAAAGGAUGCUCCCACACCCUCUGCACCAGCACCUCCUGCUACUACCGGUACCUCAUUCUUUGGCACCUCUGCUAAACCAUCACCAUCCCCCUCAGGCUCGGCCACCGCCUCACCAGCCUUUGGCCAAACUACAAACUCGCCAUUUGGGAAACCAACAGCUGCACCAACCCAAACCCCAACAUUCUCGUUUGGUGCCACCAAGAUGGAAUCCCCAAAACCUUCCUUGGCAGUGCCAACCACCUUCUCCUUUGGUACCACCACCAAGCCACAAAUGCCAGCCUUUGGCGCCGCCCCUGUUUCACAAUCCUCUUCCAAUUCCGGGUUCCCCACCGUCACGGGAACUCCUCCAAACGCCGGUGGUGCUUCCAUGGGUUUUGGCCAGGGCUUUGGUGCAAACACCGCCAACACCGCCUUUGGUGGCUCCACUGGCUUCCAAUUCAACAACAACAACAACAACAACUUGGGCAACGUCAGCGGGGCGUCGACUGCUUCGAACCCAAAUUCAAGAGAGGUCACCCCUGCGUUCCAAUUUGGAGGAACCCCGGGCUUUGGACAACCUCAGCUUGUUCCAAACAUCAACUUUGCCAGUAAUACUGAGCCUUCGCUGGUUUUUAACAGCACCACGCCACCUCCAAACCCCACGGGAACACCACCAGUGAUCAGAGGAGGUCGGAAAAUUGCUCAAGCCAGACGUAGAAAUAGAUGA